AUGGAUAAUCGUUCUUCUGGGACAAAGCCUCCACAAUUCGAUCUGUCAGGUACCACACAAAUUCAGCGAUGGCAGGAGACCACCGGGUACGAGCUCGAAAGUCAUGAUCUCGGCAUUGUAGCGAGGGCUACCACCAUUUGUCUGAGGUCGCUCGGCUUCAUCGCGCAGCAUGCACUUUCGAGCAUGUGCUCAAAAUCUCAACAAAGGCUGUUGAGACGACGUUACAAGAUGUUAAAGCUAUGGGCGAAUGGAUAUGGCGCAUUGGACAGCCGGCUUGAUGCAACCCUUGAUCGAUCCGAUGAUCUUCGACAAACAAUCAUGUCUGUUCUCAGUCCUAUGUGCGAAGUGCUCCUCAAGUGCUUGACCUCGCUCCCUGUACCACAAGCAGACCUUCCAAAGUUCAAUGAUCUAUGUGCAAACGCGAAAGAAGUCUCUAGCCAGAUGAAACUGCUGGUCGCUGAUGCAGAUGGUAGGGCGAGCAGCGACGAGAGCGAUUCUGAUCGUGGAUGUGAUACCGACCAAAGCACUGCACCAUCCAUUGAAUUCAAGGAGAAGGUCAAAGAAAUCACCAUAUACGUUCAGUGCUUAAUCGAUCUUGGAACUGCACUCCAAUGCCCGGCCGUGGCAGACGAACAUGACGACCAUGCCACAUUCCGCCUUCUAGAAGAACGUACCGCCAACGAUUAUCAUGCUGGUCUCAUAUCGAUCAAGUACCCUAGGGCUGACACUCUUUUAGUAGAGCAACUGGGGCAGAUCAGUUGGGCAAGAUUUCUUCGUAUGCAGCAUGAGCGUGAAAAAAUCACCACUGAGCGUGAUCAGCUGCAGGAACGACUCAUUGCUGAUGCUACCAAAUCUCUCGUCUCAAUCUCAGAAUUCCAAGACUCAGGGCUGGGCACGUCACUUCCUACCACAACAUCAUCCUACGCAGAAUCGACAGUUUCUUUUAUGACUAGUAUAUCAGGGGGAGAGCGAGUGCGCAUCCCACCCCUGCCAGCAGAAGGAAAGACAGGAGCGCCGUUUGACUGCACUGCCUGUGGCCGAUCUGUUCGAGCGACCAACAACCUUGAGUGGAGGAAACACCUUUACACAGACCUACAACCUUAUACAUGCUUCUAUACUGGCUGCCCAUUCAACAAGACUCCCUUCGCAAGUCGUCAGUUGUGGAGCGAUCACCUGGAACUUGGACAUAAGCUCGGAUCUGCCUGGGAAGCAGUGAAGUGCCCCCUUUGUCUACACUAUACAGGAAACGGCAGAAGCACUGUACUCACGCACUUCGCUCGACAUAUGGAAGAUAUUGCUCUGAUAGCCCUCCCACUCACGAUCGAUUCAGAUGCUGAUUCGGACUGUAGUAUCGAAUCAGAAUUUCGAGCCCCAACCUUUCCAGAAAAAGGAACGGAAUUUGAUUGUGAACCGCCCCAGACAUCACCGUCGGUUGCCAGUGCUUUUCCAAGUUGUCGUGUGAGACUUUUCGAACUGGAAAAAGGUGAAUGGUUGUACCGAGGUACCGGUCAAUUCGAAGGGGAAGGUUACCUCUUAGUUGUGAAGGAAGAUAAUUUUGAGGUGAGGUACCCGACGAAAGGCGACAGCUUUCUGAAGCAAAAAGAUACUCUCAUCAUCUGGAAAAGUGCGGACCGCAUCGAUAUGGCAAUCAGUUUCCAAGAGCCUGACAAUUGCACCAAGAUCUGGAACUUCUUGGUCGAAACUACCAUGGCUAGUAAAGUUGACGAUAUCACCGCAUCCAAACCUAACGACAACGAAGACGCCAACGUCACUUCGUCGCAAGAGCAAAACAUUUCGCCCGAAAAACACCGUGCUCGUUUUCGUGACCCCAAUAUCCAGGUCAUUGGUCUUGUUCUGGCGUCUGGCAAGUUCAAGUGUUCUGCACCGAGUUGCAGCAAGUUAAGGUUCGGUCGUCAUUUUGAUUUCCAACGCCACCACAAUCAUGUUCACGUCGCCGAGGGCAGCAAGUUUCACCUAAGCAUGACCAAAGAUGAACCAUCGGCAGCAACAUUCGCUACCUCGGGUCGUGUCUACGAUAGUGGCAAUGAUAGCGACAGUGAGGGUCGGAUCACAGGCUGCAUCCUAGCUUCCGGCAAGUUCAAGUGCAGUGAGAAAACUUGCAGCGAUCUCUUCUUCGGCCGUCAAGCAGACUGGAAACGCCACCAUAUUACGGUACAUGCAUCGAAGGCAAAAGAAUACUUCUGUUCACAUCUCGGUUGCGGUCGCUCAAAGAAGCCUUCCGACAAAUCCAAAGGACGAAGCUUUGGCAGUCGAAAGGACAAGAUGGAAGAGCAUAUGCAGGUUGUUCACAUGAAUCGUUCUAGCCGCAUCGAGUCAUCCAUAGGUGUAAGGGCACAAGGUCCGAUGUCCGACUCCGACGACUGUUCAAUCUACGAAAUCACCAGAAUAAGAUCAACUUCUCCGCCGCAGCGCAGUUACCAGGAUUAUGACGAGAGUGUAUCGGUACAGGUCGUUAGCAAAACACCCUAUGUGCACCCCCAGCAUCCGAAAAUCAUGUGUCAGCUCUGUAACGAACGGCCUGAUGGCUACCGUGGAACCCACGAACUGGACCGUCACAUCGCACGCGCGCACGCUGAAACCAGAAAAGGCUACAUCUGCAUUGCACCAGCGUUCCAGAAAAGCUUUCUUAAUAAUUGCGAACACUGCCGCAACAAAAAAGUAUACGGCGCAUACUACAAUGCUGCUGCUCACUUACUUCGGACACACUUCCAUCCACGCAAGCGAGGCCGGAAAGGUAAAAAUGAUGAAAAAAGAGGUGGUAUAGGUGGAGGAGACCAUCCGGCCAUGGAUUGGCUCAAACAGCACUGGAUUCAAGAAAUCGAAGUCCCGAAUUUCCACACAUCAACCUCGCCGGAAAGCGAGCACGACGACGCGUCCGGAGCCGAGUCUGCGCAUCGGAAGCUCGAUGUCGAGACCACUUACGCGGCAUCUGCGAACGAGGGGCAGUUGACGCCGACUAAGACGGACCAUAGGCUAGGGUCAGGCUCCAACUCGAACUUGUAUGAUAUCUCUCCUGUUGCGUAUCAGGCGAUUAGCAACGUUCAGCCCGUUGCUCACGGCUCGAACUCCUAA